CUGAAGAACCUCAAAUUCCUGUUGUUCCCGCCGUAGCAAACUUCAAUGAAGGAGCAUUUAUUUUCCAAAAUGGACAUCGCCUACCAUUAAUUCAGCCAGAGCCGCAUCCCCCGGCUGAUCAAGUUUUGCAGCAAGAUCCAGUUCCUGAACCAUUACAACAAAAUCUUCUUAGAGAUAAUGUAGAAGAAAAAGAUAAUUCAUCUUUACUUUCAGAAACAAAUGUUAACAUGGACAAUCAAAAAUCUUCUAUGUAUGUUCCAUAUGUAGAUGACUCUAAGAUGUCGAUUCAAGCUCUUAUGGGUGAUGCAAGUAAAGAUUUUAAAGGGAAAAGUAUUGAAUCGAAUGAUUCUUUGAUGAUUUUCUCGGAAUUAGGCGAUACUUCAUCUUCACAAAUAUCACAAAACGUAGUUAUAAAAGACUCUAAUCCUUCACAAUUCAAGGUCGAUAAUUCUGUCAUUGAUAAAGAUAAAGAUGAUUUUUUCAGCUCUUCUGCAUCAUCAUCCUCUUCUUCAUCCUCAUCAGGCGUUGCAGGUGUUACAGCUCAACAAGGGCAAUCUUCAGAUAAAUUUAUUCCUACCUUAAUAGGAGAUAGAAGAAUCCGUCCUAUCGGGAAAGUGAGGACGCAUCCUGCAUCAUCUUCCAAUACAAUAGGACAAUCGACACAAGAUGAUCUUGAUGAUUUAUCUCUUGGUGGUUCUUUUAUGAAUGUUGAUUAUUCUGAAAUUUCUUCAAAGAAAGAACAAUUAGGUGAUAACAAUGCCGAUUAUGAUGUAACACCUGAAGUAUCAGAUAGUGACGAGGAAAGCGAAGACAUAAAUUUACAAGAAAAAUACCCACGAGAUAUCAAUAACACAUACAGUCCAUCAAAAAUAAUAACAAAUACUGUUUAUUUUGCUGAUGAUUCGCACCGUAACUCUAAUAAUACUAAUUUACAAGGUUACGAUGAUAAUUUUGGAAAGAAUGAUGAUGAUGAUUCAUCGGAUUUUGAUGAUAUAGAUGAUAUUGAAGAAGAUGAAGGCAUUGAUGAUGAGGAGGAUGAAGGCGAAGAGAAUGAUUCAGAUGAUAAUGAUAAUCCUCUCGAAGAUGAUGAAAAUGAAGAGGAGCCUGCUGGGGAAUUAAAUGCGAGGGAACCCAAUGCAGAGGUUGCUGAUGCUCCAGUUUUGCCUAUGCCUGCACCCCUUUUUAAUGAGGCAAUCGAACCUCCUGCCGUCGACCAAGGAUUUAUAGAAGCAGAUGAUGAGGAUGAAGAAAAUGUUGCUAAUGAAGAUCUUGAAGGUGUAUUGGAAGCUAUUGGCAUGAGAGGAUCUUUAUGGAUGUUAGCUCAAAACUCUGCGUUGAUGAUAGUUUUGAUUGCAUUAUGUUUGGCCGGUUCUAUUUGGGUCCCAUUUAUCGUCGGAAAAACUGUUUUAUUGAUUAAACCCUUGAAUGUUAUACAGCUCCCGUUGAAACUAUUACGAAAAUUGACGGACCCUUUAGUAGAUCUCGUCCUUGAUACUGGUAUUCCUUGGUUAUGGUCACUUGUAUUUCCAUUAUUAAAGUCUGGAUGGAACGCUACUAGUCCUCAAAUUUCGCCAAUGUUCGUAAAUUCAGUAUUGAUGCAUUAUGUGCAAGAUGUUUCUGAUAAAACGGAAGAUCUUUUGGGAUAUGCUGCUGCUAUCGUUGCUAAAAUAGACCCCCCAGAAUCAGAAAUUAUCGCAAACUCAACCAUUAGUAGUGUUAACAAUUUUUCUGAAUUUCUAAAAGCACAAAAUUUAACGUGGCUUGUUAAAAUAAUCGAUCGGUGGAAUGGUUUCGCUUACGGUAAUACACCUACGGAUAAGAUUGUGUGUAUCCUUUGUGGAUAUACAGUUAUCAUUUUUUUGUGUGCUUAUUAUUUGGCAAAAACGAGGAACGCAUACGGUGCUACUGUUGGUCGAGCUGUUCAAGAAGGAUUACGUCAACAAGGCAUAGUUUUAAAGGUCGCUUUCUUUGUCGCAAUUGAAUUGGUUAUUUUUCCGAUUAUAUGUGGUAUAUUAUUGGAUCUCUCUACGUUGCCAUUAUUUGCGGAAGCAACACCAUCAACCCGUCUGGAAUUUUAUCUUGAAUCUCCCAUUACAUCAACUUUUCUUCAUUGGUUUACUGGUACCGCAUUUAUGUUCCAUUUCGCGGUGUUUGUAUCUCUGUGUCGAGAAAUUGUACGAAAUGGUGUUAUGUGGUUUAUUCGUGAUCCGAAUGAUCCACAAUUUCAUCCUAUAAAAGAAAUUCUAGAUAGACCUGUUUGGACCCAACUCAAAAAAAUUGGCGCAAGUGGUAUUAUGUAUAGUGCAAUGAUUGUUUUCGGCUUAGGAAGUGUUAUUUAUUUUCUUCGUUAUUGUUUUGAUGGAAUAUUACCAUUGCAAUUACCAUUCAUGGAACCAAUCUCUGAUUUUCCUGCUGAUCUUCUCGUAUUUCACAUAGUCGUUCCUGUAACUGUCACUUGGGCCAAGCCAAAACGUCUAUUCCGUAAAUUAUUUGAGAAUUGGUGGAAAGUUACCUCACGUGUUUUACGGUUGACAUCUUUCAUGUUUGGAGGUCGUCAUUAUGAUGAGGAAGGUACAGAUGGUGGACUUGUUCGUGCACCUAGUUAUGACGGUAUAACAGUUGUACCAGGCCGGAGAAUGUUAAUACCUGUGAAUGAGGAUGGCACAUUAAAAAAUCCCGGAGAAGUACCGGUUGGACAAGAUGAUCAACUUAACUAUACAGUUGUUUAUAUUCCUCCAAAUUUUAAAGCAAGAGUAAUAAUAUUUUUAUUCCUUAUGUGGUUCUGUGGUUCUUUAUUUUGCUGUUCAGUAACCGUCUUGCCACUUUUGACUGGACGUUACAUCUUUAAAUCUAUCUUACAUCAUCAACGUGCUGUCCACGAUUUAUAUACAUUUACAGUGGGACUUUAUGUAUUGUGGGCACAUUACGUUGCCAUUGAAUGGAUUACGAAUAAAAUUCAAGCGAUUGCCGAGAGACAAGAUCGCAAUAUCGAUUGGGCUAUGGUCAGACAGAAGAUGUUGCAAGGGAUAAUUGUGGUUGCAAAAAUUUUGUACCUUGUUAUAUUUUUUGGAAUGGUAAUCCCAUUCCUUCUGUCAUUAGUUAUCGAAUUAUACAUUAUUUUACCAUGGAAAAAACCUACCACCGACAUACCAGUCAUAUCUUUUUUACAGGAUUGGGCAUUAGGUAUCGUUUAUAUGAAAAUCGCAUAUCGAAUUGUUUUUAUGUUACCUGAUAAUGUAUACAGUAGAGCUAUUAACGAAAUAACCGGAAGGGGAAUUAAACAUUUGAACGUCCAAUUGGCAACAACAGUGUUUAUUUUCCCGAUAGGAGGUUCAGCGUUAGCGGCCGUAAUUCUUCCAGCAUUGACAGCUUGGGUGAUAAUAACCACAUUCGGCAUUACCAAUGCAAAUAGUAUAGCUCUAAUAAUUCGAUAUAUCUACCCGGUGUUUUUAGCAUUGAUACUUGGUUAUCGCGUUCAACGACAAAUGGGACAAUUAGUAAAUAGUUGGAUGCAAGCUGUUCGGGAUGAAGAAUACUUGAUAGGACGUAGAUUACAUAAUAUUGAACCGAAUGAACAACGUGGAAAUACAAAUAAUGAUAUAAUAAGAGCACAAUAAUAAUUAACAUAGAUUUUUAUAUAUAGGGUAUUUUAUUACUUUUUUUACACCGGCUUUCAGCCAUAAAAACAAAAUAAUGCAUAUAAAAGUGCCAAAUACAAGCAUAUUUCUCUACAUUGUAUAAAAAUUUCAAUAAUAAAAUUUUUUAAAUAAACUUCUAAAAAUAUUCUCACAAUAUUAACGUCAUUUGGAAUAGGAUCGGGUGAUAUUUGUAUUAGAUAGGUGAUAGAUAAAUAAACGGGGGGACA